GUCUGUCUGCCAGUAAUUAUGUCAGCUGAUCGGAGAGAAAAAUGAAAGCUGGUGUUCCGUGUUGAUUUCGUUCCACAGUUUGUUUGUGUUUUUUCUCUCUCUCUCCCAAGAACAAAGCAAAUGUCAUAUUUUUUUGGGAGGGGAGUAAGGGGACUUUUUUCUAAGAUGACUGUCCACAUUUUUGCUUUUUAAAGACAGCGCAGGGUACGUAUUUGGUUAGCGGAGGGAAAUCCGCGUCUUACUGGCACGCUGCAAAGCCGUGACGCAAUCCACGCUCCGCUGCUGCAACACAAUAAAAUAUGAAUCGCCAGUGCGCCGACGGUCCGACUGCUCCGUAAGAAUCAUUCAAGGAAGGUGAGGAGGGGGGUGUGGCGCCAACCAACCCACCCGUUUACCAAAACAAUACACGCCCCAUGGCCCUUGCAUGUGGAGCGUUUAAUAAAGCCGGAACCAGGAGCCAGGUGUGAUUAGCCAACCUUCAGCGGCUCAGCGCCCUCCGUCUCCUCUCCUCUGCAGGCUGCGGGGAGGUGAAGAAGGCGCUCCGAGCGGGGAAUCUCAUCGCAUUACGCAGAUUCGGGUCCUCGAUGCUGAGCAACGCAGCAGACUGAGGAUGGGGAUGCGAUAAGCGGAAGUGGAUGUGGCGUCUAAAGAGAUUAAACUCCAGCCUCUUUGGAAUAGGAAGCAAGACGGGGACUUAAACCACAACAGGAAACCAAGCUAUGAAUUCCUUAAAAUAAGCUCAUUCCCACUCUGAUCUGUGGCCAGGCUGUCGGUGCAGAUUGUGUCUCUCAAGAGGAGAGUGAAUGCCUCUAAAACGCCAAGGCUGUGAGCCCUGUGGAGGGUGAUGAUGAGCAGCCAGGGCAACAGCAGAAAGGGAAGUGGCCAGCAUGCUGACACUCCUCCUCUACGUCAUGCACCAGGACCCAAGUUGCAGGUGCAGCGCUCCCACUCUCGUGACACCAUCACCAUCCACUUCUCCGCUCUGGGAAAGGAGGAGGAGGAUGAGGAAGAGGAACUCUAUGGGUUAUCUGUUGAAUGUGCUGCUGCUAAAUCUGUUCUCGAUGGUGCUGCGGGACCCCAAAGCCAAAGCACAGGCACUGAUGGCCAAUCUGUUGCCAAAGGCUUGGACGCAAAAGAGGAGCUAGGGCUGGAGUCCGUUGAUGUGGAGACCUUCUCUGGAUCUCUAAUGCCUGUUUCAGCUGCCAUCCUUCCUGCGCAGCCAUUGGACUCGCAUCCACACACGCCCUCUCUUGCAAUGACUGUUAACCCUGUUUCAACUCACUCCCACCUGAGCUCCACUUCUCCUGCCAGCUCCUCCUGGGCAUCCGAUCGACCAGCCCAACCCCCUUUGAUUAGUUCCACUUCUUCUUCCCCUUGUAAGUCUGCAGCCCUUUCCUCUUCCAAGCCUUUUCUCAGCCUUGUUAGAUCUUUGUCAAAUGAUGUCGACUCUCGAGAAACUGCUCCUGUAAUUGCUACUGUCGUACCCCCACAUGCCAGACACAGACACUUAAUGAAAUCUUUUGUUAAGUCCCUCUCCACGGACACUUCAAAGGGCGAACAUCACGAAGGGCCUCUUCAGCACCAUUCUCACCACCAGCAAACGCAGCCAACCCACCGCACUCCGCCUCGCAACAUGCAGCUUUUCAAGCAGUUCUCCCAGCCUCGUUUGUCUUCCUGCCCUGUCGCGGUCACUCAAGCAGGCGGAGACUCCAAAACAGCACCUUCUUCGCCUAUUAUGUCCCCUGAUGGGAGAUCUUUCUUUAAGGUCCAGGAGGUGGAGGCCAGGAUAGAAGACACCAAGAGGCGGUUGUCAGAGGUGAUGUCAGAUCCCUUGCAGCUUUUUAGUAAGAUUAUUGGGGAUGAGUCGAGUGUGGGGCCUGCUGGGAGUGCAGCUCAUCGGGGCAAGUCGCUCUCCUCCAGUGCGUCGGAGCUCAGUGGCGUGACUGCGGUAAAUGGACAUACAGAAGCUAACAACAACUAUAGCAUCAAAGAAGAGGGGGCUGAAGAGGAGGAGACUCCUACGGAAAAGGGCCCCGACUCGUCUUUUUUCUCUUUCCCAUCACUGUCUCUUGCACCAGCUCUCACCCAGGCCUCGUCAUCUACUCUCCACAGGUCUCCCUCUCUCACCCUGGGACGCUGCUCCAUGUCAGCCCUGGUCGCUCGACAGGAAGAUGAGGACUUCUGUGAACUGUACAGCGAGGACUUUGAGCUGUGUACAGAUACUGAGACACCAGAUGGUGAACGAUCCAUAUCUCAGCAGCCUCAUACUGGUAGCACUGGUUUGGGUAGUGAACUGGAUGCAGAAGAUGAAGGACUGGUGGAAGAAAUGGAGAAUGUGCCUGUGACUGGCCUCAUCUUCUUAACACAGUUGUUGUAUUUGUACUUAGUCCUUCCAGUGCCUCCAUGUGUAUGUUCUGUGUUACAUGGGAUAGUAGUUGGGUUCAUGCUGGCCCUGCUGGUCCUUUGGCUGUCUGCUCCUCGAUGCUCCUCAUCAGGGACCAGAACAAGGAGAUGGAGGAAAGACCAGCGAAAUGUUCCCCAGCUGGAUGUGAAAGAACCAGGAAUAUUCAAGGGCUGGAUGAAUGAGAUCCAGAGCUACGACCCAGAGAUGUACCACGCCACCUUGACCCACUCUGUUUACGUCCGCUUGGAGGGUUCUGUUCUGCGUCUUUCCAAGCCCAACAGGAACAUCUCCCGCCGUGCCGCACACAACGAGCCUAAACCUGACGUCACCUACAUUAGUCAGAAGAUCUACGAUCUGACCGACAGCAGGAUCUACCUGAUGCCCCAGAGUUUGGCUAGGAAGAGGGUUUGGAACAAGAAGUAUCCCAUUUGCAUUGAACUGGCCAAACAGGAGGACUUCAUGUCAAAAGCAGAGGGAGAAAGAUCUGAAGCUGGGGACGAGAGAACCACUGGACUGUGUGAGAAGCUCGAACGAACAGACAAAGCUGAAAAAGCAGAAGUUUGCACUUCAGCAGAGGAGCAGAGAAGGCCGACCACCGGAGGAGGGGAUCUGACAAUCUACUUGUUUGGGAGGACUGGUCGGGAAAAGGAGGAAUGGUUUCGGAGGUUUCUUCAGGCAUCUCAGAUGAAGUCGGAGGGGAGAGGUGGCAGCCUGUCUGGCAUCUGCAAGAGUGCCUUCUUGUCCGCUCACAGCCGCAGUGGCAGCAUCCAGUCGGGCGGAGGCCCGGAGGCUGACAGCAGGGGCAGCAGCAGGGGAAGCCAGGAGGAGCUGUCUCAGCCUCGGCACAGAGAGACCCCCGCCUCUCUCUCCGGUGGCUCAGCUGGGGGGAUGAAGCAGAAGAUGCUGUUGGACUAUAACAUCUACAUGGCCAAAUAUGUUAACCCCCAGGCGCCGCCCGGAAGCCCGACGGCUCCCGACAGCCCUGGGCACACCCCUGAGAGCAGCCCUAAAGCUACCAAAAAGUUACCCAGGAGUUCAGAGGAGGCUGCAGAGCCAGAGGCCUGGGUCAACGCCUUUCUGGGGAGGACAUUCUGGGACUUCCUGCGAGAGAAGUACUGGGCCGACGUUGUCUCCAAAAAGAUCCAAAUGAAGCUCAGUAAAAUCAGACUGCCAUAUGUAAUGAAUGAGCUGACUUUGACGGAGCUGGAUAUGGGAUUCUCAGUUCCUAAGAUCCUCCGUGCCUCCAAACCCUCAGUGGACCACCAAGGUCUUUGGUUUGAUCUGGAAGUCUCCUAUACAGGCUCCUUCCUCAUGACACUAGAAACCAAGCUGAACCUGGUCCGCCUGGGGAAAGAAGGCGAAGGACUCGGGGAUCAUGGCAAAGAAUGGUCCAGGCCACGGACGUACUGUCUGGCCGACAGCGAUGAGGAGUCAUCCAGUGCUGGCUCAUCAGAUGAGGAGGAUCCCCCUGAACUGCUCAGUGACAAACCCAAUCUGCCUGCAUCAGAGGGCUACGUAGGAGGCCACAGACCCAGCAAGAUCAUGCGCUUUGUGGACAAGAUAGCCAAGUCCAAGUACUUCCAAAAGGCAACCGAGACCGAGUUUAUCAAGAAGAAGAUGGAGGAGGUGUCCAACACACCCCUCUUGCUCACUGUGGAGGUGCAAGAGUGCAGGGGGACGCUUGCUGUCAACAUCCCACCUCCCCCUACGGACAGGAUAUGGUAUGGUUUUCGGAGUCCUCCCCAUCUGGAGCUGAAAGCGCGACCCAAACUGGGCGAGAGAGAAGUCACUCUGGUUCAUGUGACGGAGUGGAUCGAGAAGAAGUUGGAUCAGGAGUUCCAGAAAAUAUUUGUGAUGCCAAACAUGGAUGACAUAUGGCUACCCAUAAUGCACUCUGCCAUGGAUAUGCGCUCAAAUGCCAACUUGACUGUGACAAACGAUGCCUUGAAGGAUCCAGGGCCGGAAGAGUCUGAGCUCUCUGAUGUGUGAGAGGUGUUCAAAUGUAGGGCUGCAGGCAUUUUAUGACACAAUGAUACAGGAUGCCCUAAACGUCUGUUGGAAACUAAAGGUGCAGCUGCAGCCCUGGCCAGCUUUACGGUUAUUUUCUUUGUUUUUCAAUGCUACUGUUUCAAUAGAUGGUUAACAGUAAAAAAAAAAAAAAAAAAAUCAUCCAAAAAAACUGAAAAGCAGGAUGAUGAGUUCUCUUAUUUUUAAAUGAAAGCAGGAGAAUAGAAGGAGAAUGUGACGCUGUUACCAUCUGACUACACUUCUUCAGUAUCCGUUCAGUUUGAUGAAGCGGGGUUCAUGGGUCAAGCUAAAAUACAGCAACCUCCACAAUUACUGGAAUGUCAAGUAAACUGAGCAAAAACCUCACAAUAAUGCCAUUUAUCUAUUACCACAGUUACAUAAUCCCAUGCUGAAAACCUCCAGAAAAAUCCAACCCUUAAGUUGAACGCAUUUAUUCGACAAGGCAAAAAAAACAAAAAAUAUCUCUCAAAAAAAUUGGUGCUACAAUUUUUGACACUUCCUUUAAAAAAGUAACUGACAUUCUUUUCUUCACUUUACAUUUUACUUUGAAAGGUUGAUCACCAUUUAGAAACAUUUGGUAAGUGUGACGAGACUAAUGGUUUCUCUGUAACCAGAUAUGACACAAAAGAAUAUAUGUUUGAAGUGCUUUUCAAAAUGGGAAAGACAAGAAAGCAUCUCAUUAAAGUAUGUGACAGGAAUGUGUUUAUCUGUAUAACUAAAGACAUGCCAACUCUGCUUAAUUUGUCAAUAUCUACAAUGAGAGCAACAUUAAAAUUUUUGAGACAACAGUAAGUGUGACAGAUGAGAAUGGAUGAUGAUGAUCUUCCAUUUCUUGCCACAGCACAGUGAGUAGGAUUGGAAGGGAGGGAAAGAAAAUGUCUUAUCAUGUACCAACCCCCUUCAACCAGGGCAACAAAUGAUGACAUUUUGGGGUUACCAAGACUUUGUACCAACCGUAGACCCCACACAGAUGUCAACCAGUUGUUUCAAAGGACUGCAGAGCAGAAGUUUUUUCUGUCCUGUCAUAGUAUACAUAAUUAUGUGGAGUUAUGUGCUUGGUCUAAUAAGAUUUUUUAUUUAUAUUUUGCAAACACUUCAUGAGGGUUUGACAUGACACAAAAAAUGAAUAUCUUAAAAUGCAUUUCAUGCCCACUCUCAUGCAAGAGGGUGGAUAUGUGACACUGUGGGUCUGUUUCCUUUCUACAGCCCAUUGAAGCUGGAAAUGCUAAGAUAUUUUCUAUAGAAAUCUGGAGUGCCCUGCCAGAAAACUAAAAAUGGACUGUAAAGUUAUAGGUGAAGAUCAAGGUUGUGCAAAUUGUUAAUGGAAAAAAAGUAAAGAAGUGUUGCUCCCGCCUCCCAAGCAACGUACCCAAAUUAAAUGUUUUGUUUUUUUUCCAGAGAGAUGUUGUGCUACUGCAAUAAAAGGUGCCAUUCUUUUUACAUCCUUACCAGUAAAUGUAGAGGAUACUGUAACACAACAAAAAGCCAUCCUGAGUCAGCAAGAGGAACCAUAUAACCUGUGAUGUGUAGCUGUACCUAACAUGAUUGUUGGACAGUGUUAACUUUUUCUGUGAAGUUGCUAAAUGAUGAGUGUCUUAUUGUUACCGUUAUGAGGAUUAGCUAGAACUGUGGCCACUGAUGAAGACCAAGGGUAAAAUAUAUUUUUUAAAAAUCCCCGUUUUAGGAGUUUGCUUAGACCCAGUCAUGCAUCAAGCAUACAGUGGAUUGCAAAGGUGUAAGAUUUUGCAAUACAAAAAAAUACUCCACCUUUUAUGCUACGUUUAUCCUGUACAAUUUGGCUGAAAAUCAUUCAAAUCUUUUGGGAGGUACUGGUUGUGUCCUCUAUAUGAACUUAAAAAAUCUCCACACACCUUUGUAGGUGAACGUGUUGUGAUCUGGUGAAACCUGAAUUUUGAAUUUAGGGCCUUGAUUUCAAGGUGUUUGUUGGCAAAAACAACAAGCCAUAUAAACAAAUUAACUACACAGUGAUGCCAGUAAUAUGCUCUGGAGCUACUUUUUCUUCAGAUAAAAUUGCAUUAGUUGUCUGGUUGGUUUCCCAUACCAAUAAAUCAAAAGUUGCAUAAAAAAGUACUAGUUUCAGGGUCUGCACACUUUUGCAACCAAGUUAUUGCACUUUUCUUUAAAUGGCUAAUUUUCCCCAGAGUCAUUAGUUUGUUUCAGUGAAACUGCACAUAACAUCACGCUGAAGG